UCAAUAGCUUAUCUGGAUAUUGUGAAAAAUGAAAUUUAUAUUCACUUGUUUUCAUGUUAGAUCAACAACAGAUAACUGUUGAAAGAGUUAUAUUAUACACACUUGUUAUUUUAUACUCUGACUCCAGACUUUAAUUUCCUACACUCUACUGUGAAAUGUUUAGAAAAGUAGACUGGAGGCAGACUGUCAGUAAUAGGCAUAGUGCCAAGAAAGUUCAUAAGAUGGAGAAAUCAUUUCUGGUCUGUAAGUGGAGUGGGAUGAGAUCUGAGAAAGUUUCAAGGAACAGAAAGUAUUUGGGGAAGAAUUUAAAGGAUGGGUAGGAUUUCAAGGGUAGAGAUAGAAAGGAGGUUAUUCUGGGAUAAGGAGUGGAAUGAUGUAAGACUCAUUCUAAAAUAGAAAUGAGCCAUGAGAAGUUACAAACUAUUCUGCAGAGUAGCCACCUAAUAUGCUUAUCUUGAGCAGUCAGGAGAAGUAGCAGGCGGGAAAACCAGAGGUAGACUGGGGGUGGGGAAGGAAAAAAAAAAAAAAAGAAAAACAACAGCUUCCUUUAUUUUAACAGGAUCUUUUGAAGAUCUAAUUGGGGGAGCUUCCAGUUUACUUAUUUCAGGAAGUUACAAAGGCUGACCCAUGGGUAAAAACUAAGAGAGAAAUGAGCUUCUUCCUCUUCUUCGGCGCUCAGAACUGCAGCUAAAAAUGACAGAAGCUUCAUUAUUUGGCAAAUGUAUUGUUCAUUCAUGUCGCUCUUUUGGUGGAUCAGAAAACUACUGAAUUUUACAUCAGAAGAUCUCUGAGUAAGAGAAAAAAGAUCCUUCCCAAGACAGUCCAAGAUGGACAAUGACACUUUUCCAACCUAUGAUGUUUUAAUAGAAGAUGACUUUAGUGAUGACAUGAUAGAAGAGUGUCAUAAAUAUGAUGAUAAAGUCUUUGCAGCACAAGUUCUGCCUCCAUUAUAUUCCUUGGUAUUUAUACUUGGUAUGGUAGGCAAUGCCCUCCUUAUGCUAAUCCUGGUCAAAUACAAAAGACUCAGAGAGGUGGUGGACAUCUUUUUCCUGAACACAGCUGUCUCUAAUUUUCUUUUCUUGAUCACACUCCCUUUCUGGAUUCACACUGCAAAACACAGCUGGGACCUGGGAGAUACAAUGUGUAAAACGAUUUCUGGAUUCUACUUAGUAGGCUAUUAUGGGUUCGUGUGUUUCCUGGCACUUUUGAUAAUACACAGAUACCUGGCAAUUGUCCACGUGGGAAGAUUUCACUUAGCUGCCAAGAAGACAACCUAUGUCAUCAUUGCAAGCGCAUGGGGACUAGCUAUAUUAGCUGCUUUACCAGAAUUUGUAUUUUCCCAAGUUCAAACCGAAAACAGAGAUUAUAUCUGCCACUUUGUUCGGCCUUAUUAUCCUCUAGGGGAUGAAAAAUUCUGGAAAUAUUUCCUGACUUUAAAGAUGAACAUUUUGGGACUUCUCACCCCACUAUUUGUUGCUAUCUUUUGCUAUUGGAGAAUUAAAAAAACAUCAAGAUACAAGGAGAAGAAGUAUGGACUUCUUAGACUUAUUUUUGUCGUGACACUUGUUUUUAUGGGGUCGUGGAUACCUUACAAUUUAGUGCUUUUCCUUAAGACUUUUCAAGAGCACUUGAACCUGAAUGAUUGUGAGAAUAAGUAUCAUCUGGACAGAGCAGUCCAAGUAACCAAAAUCAUUGCUAACACUCACUGCUGCAUUAAUCCUAUAGUCUAUGGGUUUCUAGAUGAGACAUUUCGCAAACGCUUCUAUUGCCUUUUCCAUCUCCAAAAUAACACUGAAUGUCAUUUGAGGGAGGCACCAGAUCAGCAAUCACCAACAAAAGGACAGCUGUACAAUUCAACUUCAUUUUAAACUAUAUUCAGUGUAGGCUAAAGAAAGUUUCCCUUGAUUUCAUCUAUUACUUGACUUUGGGUAAUUAUUUUGUGUAAAUCUCUAAUAUGUACUUACAUAUAUAUGUAUAGGUGUAUGCAUAUGUACACAUACACAUAUAUGUUUACAGCCAACUAUGUAUAGUACAUGUCAUAUGUAACCAACUACCAUAAUUCAUAAAUUCCUUGAAGAUAGGGGUAGCUUCUGAUCCUAUUUAUUGUACCAUAAAUCCUCUCAAGAAGCUCCACUCUACUACAUGCUGGAACUUUUCUCUGCUCCUGAUGCUGCAUGAAUACUGAUGGAACAAAUAGGAUGCCCAUUAGCUAUCUCUUGCUCUGACCCCAUGACCACCUUUUUCAGUGAUACAUUUCUCUAAUGUCCUUUUUUUUUUUUUUUUUUUUUUACUUCUCUGGUGCAGUUAUCAGUUCAUAUGCUGCUGUGGCAGCUGGCUGGUGCAGUGACCAGAGUGCCAGGCCUAAAGUCAUGGAGACUUCAAAUCUGAUCCCACACAUUUACCAGUUUAGUGACUCUGAGCAAGUCAUUUAAUCCCAUUUCCCUCAGUUUCCUCAUCUAUAAAAUGAGUUGGAGAAGGAAAUUACAAAUACUUUAGUAUCAUUGACCCCCCAAAACCCCAAAAGAUGUCACAAAGAGUUGGAUAUUAUUGAAAAACAACUGAACGAUAAAUGCAAUGCUACCAAUCCAUGCCCUCUCUAAGCUGCACCACUGCCUUAUGAGUUUCUCAAAGCUCAAAGAUAGAGCAUGACAUAGUAGAAAGAGCACUGGACUUGGAGUGUCCCCUGACAAACACUGGCUAAAUAAUCUCCAGCAAAUCAAUUAACUCCUUUCCAUUUUGUCAAAUAUAAAAUAGAGAUAAUGUAUUAACCUGUUUCAUAAACCUUAAUUUGCUAUAUAAAUGUCAGUUGUUUUUGAAGAUAACAUUGCUGGAAGAAUACUCUUUUAAAAGGUAGGACUUUGUUUCAGUGUCACAUUUGGGAUGACAUUAAUACAUUAAAAUUAUUAUGUAAUUUCCACAAUAUUAUGUAGUUUGCUCUUCUCCCUUCUAAUUCUGGGCCAACUCACUAUCCAUCUGCUAUGUCUGUCAAUUCAAUUCAACCAGCAUUCAUUAAGUGACUGUCAUAUGCCUAACACUGUGCUAGGCACUGCAGAAAGGAAAAAGUAAACACUUCGUGCUUUCAAUAAUUUAAAUUCUAUGGGUAGGAGGGGGCAGAGGGAAAGGGAAGCCAAUAGAGGAAACAAAUGUCCUAAAAAUCAAACAUAAGAUAUAUACGAAACAAUUUCCAGCAUACUGAAUGGACCCUUAGGAUAGCAGAUUGUCAUUAUCUUGGGAAUAGCAAUGAUAAUAUAAUUUAAUUCUCUGGUCCUGCCUGAUGAUCAAGGAAGCAGUUGAUGCACUCCUUGGAGAUGGAUAGUUAUAGAGGAGUGAAGUAUGUUUGAAGUAUUCAUAUUCCAGUUUUCAUUCAGGUCAGUUCCUCUCCAAAUAAUAUAUUGAUUAAUUAAAAUUUUUAUAGAGAUAGAAAAGGAACAUAUGAGUUGAUAGUUGUUAACAUUCUCUUGAUUGCAUUUAUUUAAUAAUACAGAAUGUGGUUUUUCUGUUUGUUUAAGUAUAGGUUAUAUUUCACUCUUGGGUACUUUGAGAUUUGAUCUCUUGUGUGUGUGUGUGUGUGUGUAUGUGUGUAUAGUGUGGGUCUGAAGUGUUGGACUACAAAGAUGAUGGCUCUCCUAGAAUUUAUGGUGAAAAGACAUUGUAUGAAUUUUUUUUUUACAAAUGUUUUUCAUUUUUCAUCUACUUUUUGUCCUCCAAGUUUUAUCUUUAAAAUCCUUUAGGAUGAUUCUGGUUAGAUUGACUUUUCACCAUUUGUGGAUUCAUUCUUCCUUUGUUUCCUCUUACUGCUUCUUAUUGUUUUAUGAGAUGAUACAGUUAAUAAUUUAAGAUCUUACAAAAGCCUUUAAACUAGUGUUGUCUUGGAAGUCAUUUCUCUCUGCUUGGUAAUUAAACCAAGUGAUUGUGGUUCCUAGGA